AUGAUGCCCAAGCAGGACCCAAAACCCAAGUUCCAAGAGGGUGAACGAGUAUCGCAAUUUCAUGGUCCUCUUAUUUAUGAAGCUAAGUCUGUAAAGGUUGCCAUAAAGGACAAACAAGUAAAAUACUUUAUACAGUACAGUGGUUGCAAUAAAAAUUGGGAUGAGUGGGUACCAGAAAGCAGAGUACUCAAGUAUGUGGACACCGAUCUGCAGAAACAUUGAGAACUUCAAAAGGCCAAUCAGGAACAAUAUGCAGAGGGAAAGAUGAAGGGGGCUGCUCCAGGAAAGAAGACAUCCUGUCUGCAACAGAAAAAUGUUAAAGUAAAAACUAAAAAGAACAAACAAAAAACCCCUGGUAAUGGAGAUGGUGGCAGUACCAGUGAGACACCUCAGCCUCCUUGGAAGAGGGCUCUGGAUGAUCCUACUGUUGAAAAUGAAGAAACAUUUAUGAACAGAGUUAAAGUUAAAGUAAAGAUCCCUGAAGAGCUAAAAUCAUAGCUUGUUGAUGACUGGAACCUAAUUACCAGGCAGAAACAGCUCUUUUAUCUUCCUGCCAAGAAGAAUGUGAACUCCAUUCUAGAGGACUAUGCAGAUUAUAGGAAAUCUCGAGGAAACACAGAUAAUAAGGAGUAUGCCAUUAACGAGGUUGUAGCAGGGAUGAAAGAAUACUUCAAUGUAAUGCUGGGCACUCAGCUCCUCUACAAAUCUGAGAGACCACAAUAUGCUGAGAUCCUUGCCGAUCACCCUGACACACCCGUGUCCCGGGUGUACAGAGCACCACAUCUACUGAGAUUAUUUGUACGAAUUGGAGCAAUGUUGGCCUAUAUGCCUCUGGAUGAGGAGAGCCUUGCUUUAUUACUGAAUUAUCUUCAUGAUUUCCUCAAAUAUCUGGCAAAGAAUUCAGCAACUUUGCUUAGUGCCAGUGAUUAUGAAGUGGCCCCUCCUGAGUACCAUCAGAAAGUGGUGUGA